CUAAAUCCCACGGCAACCCCCCGCCAUGGCGACCUCAUCCCUCUUAUUCUCUUCCCCUUCCCCUCCCCUCCUCGCCCCUCCACCAACCUCCGCACCCCGCGACCCAUUCCAUGUCCAAGCCGACCUCCCCUCCCCGCCACCGCCGCUCCACCGUAGCCGCCGCCCGAUCCGUGCGCUCCAGCGAGUCUCUCCGGGCCAAGGCCGACCUUCUCGCCCUCAUCUCCGACCAGGACCGAGGCCUCCGGACGCAAAACCCCUCGAAGCGAGCGGAGAUCGUCGCCGCCAUCGAGGCGCUCGCCGUCCAUGGAAAGGAUGCCGACACCACGGGCUCCUCCCUCUCGGGCACUUGGCGGAUGCUGUGGACCACCGAGAAGGAGCAGCUCUUCAUCAUCAAGAACGUCCUUUUAGGCACCCAGGCCGGCGACGUCCUCCAGGUCAUAGAUGUCGAGAAGAGCCUCUUGAACAAUGUGAUCACGUUUCCCCCCUCUGGGGUUUUCUUCGUUCGGUCCUCCAUCGAAGCCGAGCCGCCAAGAAUAAAUUUUAGAUUCACGAGUGCGGUUCUGAGAGGGAGCGACUGGGAGAUUCCAUUGCCGCCGUUUGGACAAGGAUGGUUUGAAUCUGUAUAUCUAGAUGAAGAUAUUCGAGUUGCAAAGGACAUACGAGGGGACUAUUUGGUCGUUGAUCGCGCUCCUUAUUGUUGGAAAGAAUAAAAUAGUGGAGAUGGCAAUCCAGUUACUGUUUAGAGUCUAUUUACCUUGUCUUGAAGGUAAUUUUGCCUGUAACUUUAUGAUUUUGUGAAUAGGUAUGUCUAUUUCAUUCUCAUUACUGCAAUGGUAGUUAACUAUCAUGCUGUGCAGUAUUAUAUUGGGUUCCAAAUUUUGGUGGAAAUGAAGGAUAUCUUGUGCAUGGGAUGUUAUCAGUCUUCUUCGUGUAACUUUUGGGUAAAAGUACUUCAGGUUCUCCACAUAGAUUGAUGGUCAUGUUGAUU